AUGAAGCUUCUGUUAUUACUCGCACUGCUCAGCUGCGUGUGCUCGGCCAACAGCGAGCCGAGCGAACGAUGGAUAUCGAGAUUAGAAGAUGUUCGAUUCGACGAUGACGAUUACACCAAUUACAAGUUGAUCGAUCGUGAAAAAUCGAGCAUCGAAGAGGAGGAAGAAGAAGAAGAAUAUGACGACGAUCAAACGUAUUCGCGAAAGUACGCGAGUUCUUUUCGCUUCGAGAACCCGCUGACUCAUCAUCUGAUCCGGCACGGCAGACGCCAGUUUCGCUCCAUGGACCUGAACAUACCUCCUUCCAAGAAUUGGCCGGUGAAGAAGGAAGCGGUUGUCGAGGGCGAUCUCGUGUUAGGCGGUUUAAUGAUGGUGCACGAGAGGGAGGACACGGUCACGUGUGGACCAGUGAUGCCACAGGGAGGCGUACAAGCCCUCGAAGCGAUGCUCUACACCCUUGACAAGCUGAACGAAGGAGAGGGUAUCGUGCCAGGUGUGAAGAUUGGAGCACACAUACUAGACGACUGCGAUAAGGACACGUACGGGCUCGAGAUGGCGGUGGAUUUCAUAAAAGGAUCGAUAAGCAAUAUAGACGGUGCAGAGUAUCACUGCAAUAAAACUGCAGUGCGAAAAGUUAUCAGUGGAGUCGUUGGAGCGGCUAGCUCGGUCACAUCUAUCCAAGUGGCAAACCUGCUACGACUUUUCCGGAUACCGCAGGUCUCCUUCUUCUCAACCAGCCCGGAACUCUCCAACAAACAACGCUUCGAAUAUUUCACUCGCACUAUACCGAGCGACCACUAUCAAGUAAAAGCUAUGGUGGACAUCGUGUUAAAAAUGGGAUGGAGCUACGUGUCCAUCAUAUACGAGGAGAGCAAUUAUGGGAUAAAGGCGUUCGAGGAAUUGGAGGAGUUAUUAGGAAAGUACGACAUAUGCAUCGCUAUCAAAGAGAAACUGGUGAAGGAUUCUGGCGUCGCGGAGGAAACGGCCUACGACAAUAUUGUUUUGAAAUUAUUAACGAAACCGAGGGCACGCGGCUGCAUAAUAUUCGGCUCGGAUCAAGAAGUUGCCGGAGUUAUGAGAGCAGUUAGACGUUGCAACGCAACCGGUGCAUUUUCGUGGAUCGGCAGCGACGGAUGGAGUGCCAGGGGUUUAGUUAGUAAUGGUAACGAGCCGGAAGUGGAGGGUACUCUAUCGGUUCAACCUCAAGCCAAUCCUGUCAAGGGUUUCGAAGAGUACUUCCUGAAUUUGACCGUGGAGAACAACCGAAGGAAUCCGUGGUUCGUUGAAUUCUGGGAGGACCAUUUCCAGUGUCGAUAUCCAAACGCGUCGAAAACUCCGUACAACCAAAAAUACACGAAACCGUGCACGACGAAGGAACGUUUAACGAAACAGGACACGGCGUUCGAGGAUCAGCUGCAAUUCGUUUCCGACGCGGUCAUGGCGUUCGCCUACGCUUUCCGAGAUAUGCACAAAGAUCUGUGCGGCGGGAAACCAGGACUCUGUGAUUCUAUGAAACCUACCAAGGGUACGGAGUUGUUAAAGUAUCUUAGAAAAGUGGACUUCGAAGGUUUAAGCGGCGACAAGUUCAAGUUCGACAAGAACGGAGACGGACCGGCCCGAUACAAUAUCAUACACUUCAAACAAAUCGAGCCUGGCAAAUACAAGUGGGUUCGGGUUGGUAAAUAUCUGGAGGGUGAAUUACGGUUGAACAGGUCCGAAAUCCAAUUUAAACUUGGACAUCCUCAGCCACCCGAAAGCGUCUGCUCUCUACCAUGUGAAGUCGGCCAGGCAAAGAAAUACGUGGAGGGUGAGAGAUGCUGUUGGCACUGUUUCAACUGCACUCAAUAUCAGAUACGAGAUCCGAAAGACGAGACCCAAUGUAUCGCUUGUCGUCAAGGCACAGUACCAGACGAGACGCAUUCUACUUGCCGUGACAUCCCUGAGGAAUUUCUGCGACCAGAGAGCGGAUGGGCGAUUGGGGCAAUGGCUUUCUCCGCCACAGGCAUUUUUAUAACUAUGUUCGUCUGUGGCGUGUUCCUGAAGCACAACGACACACCUGUGGUUCGUGCAUCUGGCCGCGAGCUGUCCUACGUCUUGCUGUCCGGGAUUCUCCUCUGUUAUCUCGUUACGUUCGCCCUGGUGCUCAGACCAACGGACAUUGUUUGCGGUAUUCAAAGAUUCGCCGCGGGUUUCUGUUUCACCGUUGUCUACGCGGCCCUCCUAACGAAGACAAAUCGAAUAUCGAGGAUCUUCAACGCGAGCAAACACAGCGCCAAGAGACCAUCCUUCAUAUCGCCACGAUCGCAACUGAUCAUUUGUUCCGGCUUGGUGUUCGCGCAAAUCUUAAUUAACGGCGUCUGGAUGGUAAUCGACCCGGCGAAAGCGAUGCAUCAUUAUCCAACCAGAGAAGACAAUUUACUCGUUUGCAACAGUUACAUUGACGCCAGUUACAUGAUCGCAUUUGCCUAUCCUAUCCUGCUCAUAGUCGUUUGCACUGUGUACGCGGUACUUACCAGGAAGAUCCCGGAAGCUUUCAACGAGAGCAAACAUAUCGGUUUCACCAUGUACACCACGUGUGUCAUAUGGCUAGCCUUCGUGCCGUUGUAUUUCGGGACGGGAAACAACGUUGCACUGAGAAUCACCUCUAUGUCAGUCACCAUAAGCCUAUCAGCAUCCGUGACCAUAGCGUGUCUGUUCAGUCCCAAGUUGUACAUCAUUUUAAUACGACCGGAGAGAAACGUGCGCCAAAGUAUGAUGCCGGCUAGAUACAGCACGACGAAAAGUUCAGCAGUCACGGCUACGAAUGCCUCUAGCAUGAUCGCGCCAGUCACGCUGACUGCGGCCACAUGCGAUCAGAAUAAAGCUGUCAAGAAACACAUUAUCACUACCAUCGAUUGCUCUACUCAAAGUGAAUAUUACGAGUUAGAAGUAAAGGAUCAGAAAAAUGGCAAACCACCGCCCACGGUCGUUUCACGAUCGACCCAAACCUCUAACAACAACGACAAGGACUCGAGUGGUGGUGUUGUAACGAGCAAAGACACAAAGGAUAGCAGCACGGCAACGAAACAGCUGAACAACAACUCGAGAAUAGGAAAUGGACCAGUGAAUCAAAGUGACGUUUCCUUAUAG